GAGUACCUGUAGUGGCAGAGGUGGGAUGAAUGUUACAGCAUGGCCCAGUUGUGCAGGACACAGACUAUACAAGUGGUUGAUACAGAAUACAGUGCUGAUGCUGUAGAAUGGUGCCCUUUGAAUGGAUGGGAAAAUAUCCUGGCUGCUGGUACUUACCAGCUGAAGAAGUCUGAAGCUGCAGUUGGAGAGGAUGGUACAGAGACUGAUAGCCCACACACUCGUGUGGGGCGUGUCUACCUGUAUCACUUCAGUCAUGAUCAAAUAUUUACACCACUAACGGAAAUCCAGAGGAUCGAAUCAGCAGCAGUACUGGAUAUGAAAUGGUGUCAUGUGAAUCUAUCCGAAAAGCCUGUUUUGUGUAUUGCCAGUGCAAAAGGAUCUCUUGAACUGCAUCACCUGACAGGAUGUGAGGGGAAUGACUGGAUUAAGACCCUUGGCGUGAGCUAACAAUAAGUUUCAAGUGGAAGCAAGAAAAGGAAAUGACAUUGAAUGUAAUGAAAAGUUUCCUUAAGCAAAUGUUUACAGUGCAACAUGAGAAGCUUGUAGUGG